AUGUUCAAAGCACCAUAUCCUCCGUAUGACCCGACCGACAAGAACUGUUUCUCCUACGAAACCGUGUACAAGAGAUGGCCAAUCAUCCUCACUGGCAUAAUCGACCACCUUCAUCGACUCAAUCAUGACUGUGCUAUGGAGAUGCAACAGGACAUCGCAGACGACAAGCGCGCAGAGCUCGACGUCCGCGUCCAGGCUAGCAAGGAUAUCAUCGGCACAAUCAGCAAACUGAAGUAUCAGAUGGCAAGAGAUCACAAACUGGAACUCAUUCCGUCCGACAAUGAGCCUUUCGUGGAGCUUUAUAACACGGAACUUGCCGAACUCAGCCAGAGUAAUAAGGAUACUUGGUUCACCGCUCCCUGGCUUUACGCAGAAUGUUAUUUAUACCGCCUUCUCCGUUCGUGGUUCACGACGUCUCCUUCCAUGUUUUGGCAAUCGUUCGACCCCUUCUUCGGUCAGAAGAUGGAUACGCUCAAGAGCAGUGGCGACGCCAUAUAUCAACUCGCCACUACCCUGCACGAAGUUAGCGAGGAGAAGGAUACCCUCGAGUCUGAUCCCGACAAACUCGGCGUCUUGUUCAAAGAGAUGGUUCAGAUGUGCCUGUGGGGGAAUGCGACCGAUCUAUCAUUAUUGACAAAUCCCAGCCACGCUGAUAUCCAAGAUCUCCAGUCCGUGGGACGUGACGCUCAGGAGAAGAGGAAAGAUUUCAUCCUGCGCGACGACCAAGACACGGUUUGGGCGCACCUGAAGACCUUGAAAGGCGGCAGGGUCGAUUUUGCACUUGAUAAUGCGGGCUACGAGCUGUUCACAGACUUCGUCUUUGCCGAUUUCCUUGUUACCUACACGCCUUACGUCUCCCGAGUUGUCUUCCACCCGAAACUUAUCCCCUGGUUUGUUUCAGAUGUCACCCCUCCGGACUUCCGCGCCUUGAUUGAAUCUCUGUCGGACCCGUCCUUCUUCCCCCCUUCCAACCGUGAAACGGCCGAGCAGUCGAAGGCACACGUAGAAGCCAUGGUCUCUAGAUGGAAGCGAUAUAUCGACGAAGGCAAAUUUGCGCUCUCUGUGCCAGCCGAUACACCUCUUGGUCCUAGGGGCGUAACGGAAGGGGAUGUCGUGAAGAAAGGAGGGUUCUGGACGCAGCCAUAUGCUUAUUGGGAUAUGAAGGAGCGAGCAACCGAGCUCUGGGAGGAGCUUGCUAAGGAGAGCGGACUGGUGAUAUUCAAGGGUGACCUCCACUAUAGAAAGUUGACGGGCGACGUUCGGUGGCCUGCCUUCACGCCCUGGGAGACUGCCAUAGGCCCGUUGGCGGGUAGCUUCCCCAUCCUGAGCUUACGCACGAGCAAGGCGGAUGUUGUUGCUGGCGUAAACGGCGAAGUGGCUGACAAGCUCGACCAAGAGCAGGGGAAUAAGUGGCGUGUUAACGGGAAAUAUGCCCUCAUAUCGUUCUGUCCGGCGAAGAAACAGACUUGAAGGACUCUCGGUUAGAUGCACAUGUCCAUGGUCACAAGAAGUCCCUAUAUGUCCUUUGACAAUUGACACACGCAAAACCGAUACAAGAUGUGAUGGAGUUAUGGUUAAGCCUGACCUUAGCACAGUCGACAAGCAUGUCGAUCUCGAGCACAUUCAUCCCGAUACCUUCCCCGCCCUUGCUACUUGGAAUGCUAUCGUAUAACAA